GGGCGCCCGCGGGCUCGCGUCCCUCCUCAGCGCCGUGCCCUGCCUGUCGUGCCACACCGAGGCGCCCGCCAUGAGCGCGCUGCCCCCGCGGCCCCCGCCGCCAUCGACGCCGCCGCCGCCGCCAGAGACCCCCGAGGACGCGGCAGCGGAGGCCAAGCAGCCGGGCGCCGAGGACGGCCGCGGGGGCAGCCCGGACGUCCUGAGGGGCUGGCUCCUCAAGUGGACCAACUACCUGAAGGGCUACCAACGCCGCUGGUUCGUGCUCAGCAACGGCCUCCUCUCCUACUACAGAAAUCAGGGGGAGAUGGCUUACAGCUGUCGUGCAACAAUCAACUUGUCCACAGCUCAUUUUGACGGUGAGGAUUCCUGUAAUAUUUUGCUCUCCUAUGGGGGCAGGACAUAUCACCUGAAGGCUGGAUCAGAAGUGGAGAGGCAGCAAUGGCUUGGUGCUUUGGAACUGGCAAGGGCAAAAGCUGUCCGCAUGAUGAGGACCCUGUCAGAUGACUCUGGUGAUGAGGAGGUACCCAGCCAUCCUGACAAGAGCGAACUGCAGAACACCUUAAGCAUUCUUUCGGGCAAGUUGGACGACCUGAGCAUAUGCAAUGACCUUAUCUCAAAACAUGGGGCAGCUCUCCAGAGGUCGCUGAGCGAGCUGGAGAGCCUGAAAAUACCUGUCGAAAGUGGGGAGAAACUAAAAGCAGUUAAUGAGCGGGCCACCCUAUUCCGGAUCACCUCCAAUGCUAUGAUCAAUGCUUGUCGGGACUUCUUGGAACUAGCUGAAACACACAGUCGGAAAUGGCAAAGAGCCCUACAGUAUGAGCAGGAGCAAAGGAUCCGCCUGGAAGAGACCAUCGAACAGUUAGCCAAACAGCAUAACAGCCUGGAACGAGCCUGUCGUGGGGCCCCGGCCAACCCCCAGUCUGACAACCUCACCCAGGGGGCCAAAGGGGAGAUCAGUGACGAAGAUGAGGAUACAGAGUAUUUUGACGCCAUGGAAGAUUCGUCUUUCAUCACAGUAAUCACUGACCCUAAAGACAACAGAUCUGCUGAAAGUGGGAAUGAAGCAGGCCCAGUGGAUGACUGGAAUGCAGAGGACCAUGUGUUUGGGAGCGCCUCGCGCAUCCUGGGUGUCCCGCCCAAAGUCAAGAAGAGGACGCGCAUCCCUGACAAACCUAACUAUAACAUUAACCUCUGGAGCAUAAUGAAGAACUGUAUCGGCAAAGAGCUGUCUAAGAUCCCCAUGCCUGUGAAUUUUAACGAGCCCCUGUCCAUGCUCCAGCGGCUGACGGAGGACCUGGAAUACCAUGAGCUGCUGGACAAGGCUGUCAAGUGCGAGAACUCCACGGAGCAGAUGUGCUUCGUGGCUGCCUUCUCAGUGUCUUCCUACUCCACCACUGUCAACCGCAUCGCUAAGCCCUUCAAUCCCAUGCUGGGAGAAACCUUCGAGCUGGACCAGAUGGAAGAAAUGGGCUUCCGUUCCCUCUGCGAACAGGUGAGCCACCACCCUCCUGCAGCUGCCCACCACGUGUUCUCCAAGAACGGCUGGACUCUGUGGCAGGAAAUCACCAUCUCCAGCAAGUUCCGGGGCAAAUACCUCUCCAUCAUGCCACUAGGUGCCAUUCACCUAGAAUUCCAGGCCAGUGGGAAUCACUACAUCUGGCGGAAAAGUACCUCUACUGUGCACAAUAUCAUCGUGGGCAAGCUCUGGAUCGAUCAGACAGGAGACAUAGAGAUAAUUAACCAUAAGACAAAGGAUAAGUGUCUGCUGAAGUUCACACCCUACAGCUACUUCUCAAAGGACUACACCCGAAAGGUGACAGGUGUGGUGACAGAUAGCAAAGAGAAAGCCCAUUAUGUCCUGUCGGGCUCCUGGGAUGAGAAGAUGGAGUGCGCCAAGAUCAUUCAGAGCAGCCACAGCAGCCCCAGCACAGAGGGCAAGCAGAAGAUGGUCUACCAGACCCUGCCAGCCAAGCUCCUGUGGAAGAAGUACCCUCUGCCGGAGAACGCUGAGAACAUGUAUUACUUCUCUGAGCUGGCCUUGAUCCUGAAUGAACCUGAAGAAGGCGUGGCCCCCACAGACAGCAGGUGGAGGCCUGACCAGCGCCUCAUGGAGAACGGCCAGUGGGACGAAGCCAAUGCAGAGAAACAGCGGCUAGAGGAGAAGCAGAGGAUGAUCCGCCGUAAGCGCCUGGAGUCAAGUGGUCGAGAGCACCUGGAAGAAGGGAAGGAAGCAGACCCUCACAAGCCCUUGUGGUUCGAAAAGAAGAUGGACCCCUUCACAGGGGAGGAGACCUAUAUCUACAAGGGAGGCUACUGGGAAGCCAAGGAGCAGCAGAACUGGUCCAUGUGUCCGGACAUCUUCUGAGCCGCUGCUCCCAGGCCAGCCUUGGGCCUGCCUGCCGCCUGCCCCUCUGCGCCCACCAGCCUGGGGAGCUGGGCGAGGAAAUAAGAAACCCAACCCUACACGCAAAACGCAAAUACAACCCACGAGCAGACCAGGGAUUCAAACGUAUUUUUUUAUGCACUAAUGAAAAUCGCAUAUUGGAUCUCCCUUUCUUUUUUCCCCUCUUCUUCCUUUUUUUUGCUGAUGGUGACUUUUUUCUUUUUUGGGUGUAAUUAGUUUCUAAGUAAGUCUGGGGAGGACAGGCUGAGUCUGUUUCUUUUUAGCUGGCGUGUCCUCCCCGGCUGACCGAAGCACGGCCUUCCAGAGACACUCAGGAGACAGGUGGGGAGGGAGGAGGGCUGGGGGUCUCCUGUGAGGACCAGUGUCCCUGGGGGCAGGGGUGGUUGGCCUCCUCUCUGGCUCCGAUUCGUGGUUCAUCCAAGAAAGACCCCCAUUGGAAACCAAGCUUCUCCCAAUGGCAGUGCCGCCUGGGGCCCUCUGAGAAUGGGAAGCCUUGGGAGCCACCUCAGCCCCCCACCCACCUGAGGCUCUCUCACUCAGGGCUCCCUAGGAAACCUCUUUUUUGGACUUUGUUUGUUUGAUUUUUCAAAUGUUGAUCUCAAUUUCUUUCCAGCUGUGAUGUUUAGUAAAUAUUUUUAGUACAGCACUUACCAGACAGUUUUUCCAAGUGUCCUUUCUUGCCCCAGAAGUGUCCAGGCAAGCAGAAAGCCCUUAGUGUUGGUUUCCAUCGUCUUAGUGAGCA